AGCAAGUGAUUAGAAAAGAAAUGCAUAGAAAUUAGGCUACCAAUACCAGCCUGAAGAUGGUACGGGAGUGGCUUUUAUAUUUUGUUCUUGGAAAAUAAUCUUCAUGGGUAAUUUUUGCAAAAUACUGGCGCUUCUGGUCCAGAAAGCCCGCUGGGUCUAGGCCGAGCCCAGCACGAAGAUGGAGAACUACACCGUGGCUGCGGCGACAAACUCCUGCACCUUCCAUGAGGAGUUCAAGCAGAUCCUGCUGCCCCUGGUCUACUCCGUGGUGUUUGUGGUGGGGCUCCCCCUGAACUUCAUCGUCAUUGUGCAGAUCUGGCUCUCCAGGAAGGUGCUGACCCGCACUGCUAUCUACAUGCUGAACCUGGCCACAGCCGACCUGCUGUACGUGUGCUCCCUGCCGCUGCUCAUCUACAACUACACGCAGAAGGACUACUGGCCCUUCGGGGACUUCACCUGCAAGUUCGUCCGCUUCCAGUUCUACAGCAACCUGCAUGGCAGCAUCUUGUUCCUCACCUGCAUCAGCGUCCAGCGCUACCUGGGCAUCUGCCACCCUCUGUCGUCCUGGCACAAGAAGAGGGGCAAGAGGUUCACCUGGAUGGUGUGCGGCGGGGUGUGGGUCAUCGUCAUCGCCCAGUGCCUGCCCACCUUCGUCUUCGCCUCCACGGGCAUCCAGAGGAACAGGACCGUAUGCUACGACCUCAGUCCCCCGGACCGCUCCGCCAGCUACUUCCCCUACGGCAUGACGCUGACGGUCACGGGGUUCCUCAUCCCCUUUGUCUCCAUCCUGGUGUGCUACUGCUGCAUGACCAAGCUGCUCUGCCAGAAGGAUGAGAUGAUAGGCCUGGCCGUGCGCAAAAAGAAGGACAAGGCCAUCCGGAUGAUCAUCAUUGUGGUCAUCGUCUUCGCCAUCAGCUUCUUCCCCUUCCACCUGACCAAGACCAUCUACCUGAUCAUCCGCUCCUUGGCGGGUGUGCCCUGCCUGGCCUUGCAAACCUUCGCCAUCGCCUACAAGUGCACCAGGCCCUUUGCCAGCAUGAACAGCGUCCUGGACCCCAUCCUCUUCUACUUCACCCAACGCAAGUUCCGGGAGAGCACGCGCCACCUGCUGGACAAAGUGAGCUCCAAGUGGAGGCACGACACAUGCCGCACCUACAAAUCGUAGGCUCCAGGGAAAGGAGAAUGAGGGGGGAGGUUCUGCUGUGCGGAGGCAGAGGACUGAAUGGCUGUGGCUUUAUCGCAGCCAGCCCUGCUUUACCCAGCAACAGGGAGAGCGGGAGCAGGAGGCAAGGACUGAUGGUCCUGAGCAUAGCGCUGGGAGCCAGGAGCUUCUGAGAUCUACUCCCAGUUCUGGCCAUGGGUGGGAUACUUGGCCGCUCUGUGCCUCAGUUUCCCCAUCUGCAGAAUAGAGAACAAUACUCUGUAAAUAAUAGGUAAAAUGAUGCUGACCUGCCUCACACCUUGGUCAGGGCUCGGAAAGUGCUUUGAGGAUGGACCAGGCUAAGAACAGUUUAUCCUUAAAAUUCCAGCAAAUGGCCUGAGUGGGAAAGGUUACAGUACAGUUGGAAAGAGGAAAGUGAAAAUAAUUGGGAGCAGGCUUUGGGGCUGGGCGAGGUGGUGUCCGAACGCAGUAUUAGUGCAGUUACUAUGGUGCACCGCAGCUGUCACCUAUGAGGAGGAGCGGCUGCUCAAUAUUAACCGCUGCUCGCUCUGUGGACUGGCGAUCCUUGCCACGGAUCUCUGACUGGCAAAGCCCUAGCAACCACACAUGGGGCUUUGCAGUGAAUUGUGCUACUGCCGCUGAUUACAAUGGGUCACAGUCCACGCCAGUGGAGUUGUGGCACAGAUGGGUUUGUCCCAGCGUGUUUCAUUCAGAAUGAAGUUUCCAGUGGAUUUGGGAAAUCCGUUAUUAGCAAGUAGUUCAGUGGUUUACAACUACCUAGAUUUUGUGGACAAAAAUCUCUCCCCAUGUCAGUCCCCUAUAGAGGAGAUCACCUCUGAGAAUGAGCAGUUCGGGAACGGGGGAAUCAGCUGCUGCAUGCCAGUGCACGAAUUACUGGGAUCUGGUGAACUUAUUAGGGUGACCAGACAGCAAGUGUGAAAAAUCGGGACGGGGGUGGGGGGUAAUAGGAGCCUAUAUAAGAAAAAGACCCAAAAAUCGGGACUGUCCCUAUAAAAUCGGGACAUCUGGUCACCCUAGAACUUAUCCACCAGCCAGUGUUUUUUCACUGCUUUGCCACAGUACUUCAAGUUUCCCAAGCAGAAAGCUACGUUACUAAUGCAAGGAAAACCUACCCUGGGAAUUUAGAGAAGACAAUAGGUCUCUUGGGACCACAUGAGUCUACAAAAGGCUUGAUCCAUAUGGGAGGGCAGGAAAAGGGAAAUCUAGCGAGUACAUCUACAGUAUUAUUGGCUGUUAACAAUGAGGACACAGUCAUUAAGCUAACUUGACUGCUACAGUCCGAUUCAGUUCUAUCUAGGUCAUCUUACAACUCUCAUCGCCGUAAUAUCUGAGCACCUUAUGAUGCGAUCGUCCUGGUUUCUACUGUUUAAAGAUUCACCAGUUGCCUGACUGGAUCUAAUAGGGCUCUGGUGUGUUUUUAUUGUAUUGUAUUUUUGUGCACCCUCGUUAGAAAAGCAUUCUCAUGUCAUCUCCAGCAUUUUGAGCUAAGAUCUAGUUCAUGGGAAAUUUAAUCUUUUAAAAGGGAACUGGAAACCAGAAUAUUUUUAAAGAAUUUCCAAGCUAA